AUGGACCAAACCACCAUCAAGGACCGACUACCAGUCAGUCAGCCAAACUCCAGGCAGUCGAAGAGCCUCGAUGAGAUGGUGAACGAUUUGGUUAGCUCACAGCAACACAUGCAGAAUAAUAUGCAGUCCAACAAUGAUGUGGUACAUAAGCUUCAGGAUGCUCAAGUGGGGCACAAGGCAGCCAUGGACAUGCUGGCGAAGCAUUUAUCUCAGAUCGCGACUUCCCUGAGUGAAAUGCACGAGAACGAAGGACGGAUUCCUGCCACAAUCAAUCCACAGGACAUGGAGAACACCAGUCAAAUCACCCUUAGGUCUGGACGAGAGUAUAAAGGCCCAACAAUGAAGAUUGAUGACGGAACACCUUCUGUGGUGAGCAAGGAAAAGGAUGACCCAACCCCACAAAAGGAAGACACUGAAAUAGGGAAAGUUGAAACAAGGGAAGCUAGAACGGAGGAUGAUAUCCAGAUCGGAGACUUGGGGAGACCAGUACCCCGAAUGACUGACCCGUUUUUCCUAGACCUAGGAACUGAGGUGGAGGUUGAAGAAAUGAGGAAAGAGACUGGAGAGUCCUCCAAGGGAGAUUCCAGCAACACGGUCAAACAAGUGAAGCCUUUUCCUUACCGAGGGGAGGCCAAGAAGAAAAAGGAUGAUCCAGUAGACUUCAUGGAAAUCUUCGGUAAGCUGGAAAUCAACCUGCCAUUUCUCCAGGCCUUGAAGCUGCCUAUUUUCAGUAAAUUCAUCAAGGAGUUUAUCGCCGGGAAGACUAAACCCAAUGGCAAAAUAGUGAUCGGAGAAACUGUGUCAGCAGUGAUUCAGAAGCGGAGGAUUCCGUCAAAACGCACUAACCCAGGUAUGUUCACUCUUCCCAUUUCAAUUGGGGACAUUAGAAUUGAGCAUGCUAUGUGUGACCUAGGAGCAUCAAUAAAUAAUUUACCGCUUUCCAUCUAUAAGAAGCUGGUAGAAGUAAGAAUGGUUGAUACGAAGGUGGUAAUUCAGUUAGCGGAUAGGCCAUGCAUUAGUCCAGAGGGUGUGUUGGAAAACGUGAUAGUUAAGGUGCAUGAUUUCUUGUAUCCAGCUGAUUUCCAUGUGAUUAGGAUGAGUGAAAAUGAAUCUGCUGAGUUUAGUGGAGUGCUUUUAGGUAGACUAUUCCUACGCACAGCUAAAACUAUAAUUGAUGUUUUUGAUGGAACAAUUUGUCUUGACUAUCAUGGUGAGAAAUUCACUUUCAACAUUGAUGAAGCAAUGAAAAAACCUUUAGAUGUGGAAAAUCUUCAUGCUGUGGAUAUCAUUACCCCUUGGUCCAAGAAUAUCAUGAGACUGAAUUAA